AUCACUCAUGUAUUAUGAUUGAAUUUGUUCUCUUUUUUUUAUGCGCGAAUUAUGGAAGCAGGCGUGCUUUCAGCUCAACUUUGGAGUCACUUCCACCUCCUAAAACCAUAUAAUUAUUGCAUCCUCCACAGUCAUCCUCCCAUGCGCGUUCCGUGCCCAAGAUUCAUUGUUAAGGGAGACCGAAAAACUAUCUAUCUCUGGGCGAUGGGAAUCUGCGUAUCCGUUCAAUCUCCGGAGAUUCAUCAGGCCGACUACAGUCAGGAAGAAAAUACUCUAUACUUUGCACAGAACGCCGCCAACGACGAAAAUCGGAAACUUGGCUCUCUCUGGUCUAAGCAGGGGAGCAAAGGGCUCAACCAAGAUGCUGCCAUUCUUUAUCAGGAUUAUGGCUUUGAAGAUGGAGUCUUUUGUGGAGUUUUCGAUGGUCAUGGAAAGAACGGUCACUUCGUGAGCAAGAUGGUAAGAAAUCAGUUACCAUCACUGUUGCUUAGCCAGAAAACUUCUAUGGAAAUGAUUGGCCGGGGUCGGGUGGAGAAACUCGACGGGGAAUCGAUGCAUAGCCUGAAUGUUCUUCAGUGGGGAGAGGCAUGUGUAAGCGCCUUCAAAGUGAUGGACAAGGAGAUCAAGCUUCAAGAGAAUUUGGACUGCUCUUGCAGCGGAACCACCGCCGUUGUUGUCGUCCGUGAGGGAGAAGAUCUGAUUAUCGCAAAUCUUGGAGAUUCAAGGGCCGUUUUAGGAACAAUGACGGAGAAUGGAAUCAUGGCGAUUCAGUUAACCACGGACUUGAAACCUGGUUUACCAGGCGAAGCAAAUCGGAUUAGGAAGUGCAAUGGUAGGGUGAUCACUUUGAAGGAAGAACCGCAUAUUCAGCGGGUAUGGCUGCCGGACGAGGACUCUCCCGGACUGGCCAUGUCAAGAGCCUUCGGCGACUUCCUUCUCAAGAACCACGGUGUUAUUGCAAUCCCAGAUGUCUCCCACCGCCGGCUGAGUCCCGAUGAUCAGUUCAUCGUGCUAGCAACUGAUGGGGUGUGGGAUAUGCUCAGCAACGAGCAGGUGGUGUCUAUGGUGUGUGGGGCUGAUAGCCAGCAAGCCGCAGCAAAAGCAGUGGUCGAGUCAGCUAAUGCUGCAUGGAAGAGGAGAUUUCCGACUUCAAGAAUGGACGAUUGCACGGCAGUUUGUCUCUUCUUCCAUAAGAGGCAACCACAAAGCUUCCCACCAGUGUGGACAUGAUCAUUAGAAUAGCUGGUUCCUAACUGGGCAGCGUUUCUGUGUAUAUUUUCUUGUACCAGUAAUCUGCUACAUUACAUAUCAAUUAGUCACAUAAAAAACCCAAACCACAGUU